AUGGAAGAAGACGAAGGCGAAAAAAUAGAGCAUGUGUUUGUUGCUCAUGAAAUUGAUCUGGAUUACGAGUUUGAUGCAGCUCGCUUCUUCGAUUUCACUCGACCAGAGACUCUUGCUGAAGCUAACCAAGCCGAACUUUGGUUUCAAAACGUCGCCAGCUACCCUCCUUCUCCUUUUGUAACAAAGCUGGUGGUGAGAAAGGGUUUUCUCUUGGACGAUGUUAGCAACUCAACAAAACCCGAGCAUCUGGAAUGCACGAGUAAUGUAGAUGAUGAAGAAUCUCGUGUUCCUUUGGGGAUGGAAUUUUCCAACACGGUUUUUGACAAUAAUGGACUUACCUUUGGAAGUAAGACAAUCAGUGACAGUUUGAGUUCUAAGGUCAAAUCUGCUGUGCCAAAGAGUUCAACAUUAAUGAAACCUACAGCUAGUCAGUUGGCUAAGAAAAAUCGUCCCGCCCAAAAUGUUGGUUCAAGAUUUCAGAAGCUACCAACUCAGAAUGAAAGGAAUUUUUCUCUCUCUUCUGGGGUUGAAAGUCAAGCUGCCAAGAGGCAAAAAUUAGAGGGUGGUCUCUUGUUCAAGGUCACCGAUGUGAAGCCGGAAACUAACUUUUUCCACAAGGCACCUAUGAGGGCUGUCACUGUUGAACAAAACUCUACAUAUUCCAAGCUGAGGCUUACUAUUCCUAGAGAGCCUGACCUUAAAACAGCACAUAGAGCACAAAGAUUAAGACCCAAAAAUGUUGCAGAGGCAGAGCAUGUGACAGUGGCUGCCUCCAGAUUCAAAGCACGGCCAUUAAAUAGAAGAAUUCUUGAUACUCCUUCAUUGCCACUUCCCAAAAGGAGCACUCCACAGUUGCCAGAAUUUCAAGAAUUUCACCUGAAGACUUUGGAGAGGGCCAUGCAACGCACAUCUGCUACUUCAUCAUCUUCACUUCACUGCAAUGAUUCUGAUAAGGGUUGGGACAAGUAUACUGCUGUUUCUGCUCUAGAAAAUAGAAUCAAGGAUUUGAGAAGGCCUACUGCCAUUGGUGCAUCAAAGUAUGAUGGAUCGGGUUUUAUGCAUAAUUUUAAAGCUCAGCCUCUUAAUAAGAAGAUACUUUCAAGUAAAGGAGAUAUUGGUGUUUUCCAGAACAGGAAGCAGGAAACAACAGUGCGAAUGGAAUUUGAUUUACACGCAGAAAAAGGGGUUCAGCAUAACCCACCAAUUGAACUCUUUAGCCAGUUGUCUCUGACAUCUGAAGGCCAGCCAAAUAAUGGAUCUCAUUUGAAUAUGCCUCAGCAUUCCGAGAUACACACAAAGGACUCAAAAGAAAAUAUAUCAAAUUCUUUUCAUCCGGACCAAGAGGAGAAGGCUUUUAUGUUUGGGGCAAAACAAAUUCAUCGUGUGAAUGGCGCUGGCAUCAGUUUGAUGAGUGCAAGGAGGAACUUGGGCAUUCGGUGACAAUGAAUGAGGGAAAAUGUGCAACCCAUCAAACUUGAAUUUUUGCUGCUAACAUCUUUUUUCGGAUGAUAGAUGGUUCUUUUAUUGUAUACAGAAUCUUAGAUAUUUUUUAGAAAUUAACAUAUCUAGGUGCAUAGGUUGUAUCUUCUA